GAUGAAGGAGCGUUGAUCUCGGAAAUCCCAGAUAUUGCAAAUCGGGAUGGACAUGCCACUGAUGAGGAGAAGCUGGCCUCCACCACCUCUGCGCAGAAACCAGCUGGGCUGGAGAAGAAGGGCGAGCCAGAAGAUGACCUGGAGUACUUCGAGUGCUCAAACGUUCCUGUGCCGGCGGCGAAGCACGGCACGGAGGCAGGCUUUGAAAAGGAGAUCUCCAAGCAGAUGGAAAAGGAUGGGCCUGGCAUCUUCCCCGGCAAUCCCGGGCUGUGCUCCAUGGACAAGUCCCCCACAGCCAUCACCGGUGUGAGCAGGAGUGAGAGUCCCCUGGACGGCAUCUGCCUCAGUGAAGCCGAGAAGACGGCCGUGCUCACGCUCAUCAGAGAGGAGAUAAUCACAAAGGAGAUCGAAGCCAACGAGUGGAAGAAGAAAUACGAAGAGAGCCGCCAGGAGGUCUUAGAGAUGAGGAAAAUCGUGGCUGAGUACGAGAAGACCAUUGCCCAGAUGAUAGAGGACGAGCAGAGGACAAACAUGACAUCUCAGAAGAACCUGCAGCAGCUCACAAUGGAAAAGGACCAGGCUCUGGCAGACCUAAACUCGGUGGAGAGGUCCCUGUCAGAUCUCUUCAGGAGAUACGAAAACCUGAAAGGCGUCCUAGAAGGCUUUAAGAAGAAUGAAGAAGCUCUGAAGAAGUGUGCUCAAGAUUAUUUAGCCCGGGUCAAGCAAGAAGAGCAGCGCUAUCAGGCCCUGAAAGUCCACGCAGAAGAAAAAUUAGACAAAGCCAACGAGGAGAUCGCCCAGGUGCGCACGAAGGCCAAAGCGGAGAGCGCGGCGCUGCACGCCGGGCUGCGCAAGGAGCAGAUGAAGGUGGAGUCCCUGGAGAGAGCCCUCCAGCACCAGAACCAGGAGAUUGAGGAGCUGACCAAGAUCUGUGACGAGCUGAUAGCGAAGCUGGGAAAGACAGACUGA